AUGAGGGCGUCAACAUCAUUGUGCACCCCUUCUGUGGUCCGAGGAACACACACUUUCAAGAUUGCUGGCUAUAGCCUUCAAAGGGGCCUCGGCAUUGGCAGGUACUUGUCGUCCGCUGCCUUUGAUGUCGGCGGAUACUUUUGGUGCAUUGAGUACUACCCCGACGGGGAGAUGGAGAUGGAAAAUGGGGACUAUGCGUCUAUUGCCCUAGAUUUUGCGAGCACCAACUCUGAGGUGAGGGCGUACUUCGAGGUUAGGUUAGCCGAUCAAGCCAACAAGCUGCCGCCAUUGGUGUUGCUCUCCAAAAAUAUGCCGAUAGUGUUUCGCUCUCAUCCGCCAACCUAUGUAGGCAAAGACUUCCUGCAACCAUCGGUGUACCUGCGGGAUGACAACCUUGCGAUUGAAUGCUCUAUCACAGUUCUGGCAGAAUCCAAGGUGGCAGUAACGACAACUUCCAUUGACAUCCAAGUGCCUCCCUCAGACCUAUCUAAUAAUCUCGUAGAAUUACUUAAGGCGGGGGAGGAAACGGAUGUCACAUUCAAGGUUAGAGGGGAGAGUUUCCGUGCACACAAGAUUGUGCUUGCAAUGCGGUCACCGGUCUUCAAAGCGGUUCUCUUUGGGCCGAUGGGCGACAGGACAAGGCGAACCAUGAACAUAGAAGGUAUACAACCUGCUAUUUUCAGUGCAUUGCUUCACUUCAUCUACACAGAUUCGUUACCUUCCAUGGGACAUCUUUAUGGAGAUGAUGGUGAAGAAAUGGUCAAGCACUUGGUCAUGGCCGCAGAUAGGUAUGCCAUGGAGAGGAUGAAGGUGAUAUGUGAGAGCAUCCUUUGCAAGAAUCUUAAUGUUCAAAACGUCACUACUACUUUAGCUCUAGCCGACCGUUAUCACUGCAACCAACUCAAAAAUGCUUGCCUUGAGUUUAUCACUUCUCCAGAUAGAAUAGACAAUGUUGUGGCAAGUGAAGGGUAUGCUAAACUCAAAAGAUCCCGUCCUGCUAUCAUAGUUGAUAUUUUUGAGAGGGAAACUAAGUCCCGCAAAAUUUAG